UCUUUUGGACUCUUGACCACUCAUCUAGUACUCUUUGUAUAGGAUAACAAAUGAUCAUGCUAACUAGUGUCAAAAACUCAAGUGCAAGGUAAUUUUUUCCAUUGAUUUGUCUCAGAUUUUGUAGAAUCAUUUUAGAGUCGGUUCUAUGAUGCAUCAAUGAUUAAGCUAAGAAAUUAUGUUAAGUAAUCUGCCUAACUUAAGUUACACGUUACGCUACAAAGAUUCACCUAAACUAAACUAUACAUGGUGAUGCUACAUGAUUCACCUAAAUUUUAAAACCGAUAAUUAACCCAAAUGAAAAUGCAAAUAUAUUUUGCAUAGUAUCAUAAUACUAUUACUUAGGGAGUACACAUAUCCAAAUAUAUGUUGCCAAUUUCAGUGGUCAGCACAAUAUAUUUCCUUUUUUCCUUAAUUAUUAGUAUUUAUUAGGAAUUUAGGAUUUUCCUUUUUUAUGAACCGAACCCUACUCUUGUAUGGAUUUCCAAACAGCUAUAUAUAUAUAGAGAUAGGAAAGCUUACCUUUUCACUCAACAUAAACAAAGAAAAAUCAAAGAUCAAUUAUCUGAGAAUAUGCCUAUGACGACGAAAAAUUCUCCGAUAGAGUCUCUAAAACUCCCCACUGAUUACUCUCGGGAGGAGUUUGAGAGAGCUUGCGAGUUCGUGAAGCAAGUAAAAGAGAUUGAUGAAGAACAAAACCACAGAGGAAUCUUCAUUCAAUAUAUCACUGCAAUGAAGCUUUAUCGAUCUGGAUCUUUGGACAUGGUCGAGGUCAAAAACAGAAUCACGACCAUUUUCAAGAACUGCGACGUUUUGCUCGAUGGCUUUCAUAGGAUUAUGAAAGAUUCGGAUUGUCAAGACCAUAUCGUUGUUCUUAAACGAAUGGUGGGGUUCUUGAAGGCGUUGGCGAAAGGGUCCGAGAGAUUACGACUAGGGUUAAUGGAGGCUUUCGUGAGAUUCAAGGAACAUAAAGAUGGACAGGUUCUGAAGGAACAAGUUGACCUUAUGUUACGAGAUUAUCCUUGUCUAUAAGAAGAAUUUAGGAGGAUACUACACUAGAACGGUUUGGUACAAGAUGAUGAGAAACGAGAGGAGAUUACGUUUGAUAGAGAGGAUGAGAUGUUCAAAGAUGACAUGUACUUUCAUUCUAUAGAAUCAGCCAUUAAGUUUGCGGCGGAGGAGGAGGAGGAUAAAAAGAAGACGCCGCCGGCGGGUGUUUAUGGAGCCAUGAGAAGCUCUUAUGCACAAGAGCGUAGUUUGAAAGAUCCGAAACUUAAAACUUUUAUUGCCACGAGGAUUCAUGAAAGAUCCGAAACUUGCGGUACGAAGAGAUUUAUCAACUUUGCAGUGUAAGCACAACGAGUUGCUCAAGAACAAGAAGAGAAGAGAGUUGCUUAAGAAAGUGCAAGAGGUGAAUGAAUCAUUGAUUGU